GAACCGCAACGCAACUCUCACCAUGGCUUCGCGUCGCGCUCUGCUGCCAUUUUACUCCCGCUCUCGUCCUCAACUCCCCAUCCGUAUCUCGUACAUACGAAAUUCAUUCUCUUUUACUCGUCUACACUCGCAGCAAUUUCCAAAAAUGAACAACAGCGGCGAUGGCCCUCUCCAAGUUCCUGGAUUCAAUGAUGUUCCUCUUUACUAUGAGCUACCCAGAGGCUUUCGCUUCGCGCAUGGGAUCGCAGACUGGAGACAGAGCCCACAGUUGACCCUGCGGGAGGUUUGUAUGCUACAGUUCAUGUCCUACGUCACGGAGCAGCCAGACUGGGAAAACAAGUGUGACGAUCCCGACACCCUCGAGAUCUGGCGUGAAAAGGCCGAUAGUGCUUUUGACCUGGAUCAGCCAUGCUGGGACUGGUGCCACAAAGAGCUGCGAGACAAAGCAGCUGACUUCAAGCGCAAGGGUCACGUGGCCGUUUUUGAUGCAGACUCUCGAGUCAUCAAGGCGGAAGUCGACGCUAGUCUUCUCGCCGAUCUUCGGACAGCCAUGGAACCACUUUUCUCAUCGACAGAAGAGCCCAACUCGGAAGACAAAAAGGCGCCCGUGGAAGCUGGUGUUCAAGGCCCCAUCCGGCAUGUGGUUGAUCCAUCUAUGUAUCCUCUUGUGUAUGGACGGACCAAAGUUCUCAUCAAUGGAGGCAAGGUCAAUCUCGACAGCUUUGAGUCAUGCGAUAACUCUCGAUGCCAGACUGCUCCGAUUCCUGACAAGUUGACCAAACAUCCGUAUGAGCUAAACCACGAGGAGAGAGAUCCAGACGAUGGUCGAGUGACAAACAAGCCUAAAUACUGGUCAAACAAAUUCCAGUGGCUUCCGUGCGAAGUCAACCUCACGAAUCGAGGAGAAACCAAGAUCACCUCCUACAUCAAUGGUGUGAAUCCAAGGGAGAAAGAAACUUACCGCGCACUUGAGAAACUAAUCGCCACCGCCAUACAGCCGUGGAAUGAGAUGCUUAUCCUUGGAAACCAAGGUCGAACUCCGAUUCGUAUUAGAACUUAUGACUUCCAAACCGAAAACGAGGCGUUGCCGCAGGCGUACAACCUUCUCUGGGGUACAACUGUGGGGUUGAAAGUGAGAUUCUCCGAAGAGCAGUGGCCUGAAAUCCGAUCGCAAGUCAGAGACUACUUGAAUCUCCCCGAAUAUGAACAACGAUACCAGGUCGAUCCGAGUGAAUCCAAUGUCAAGGACCUCCUCGUCAGCAUGAACCCGUCGCAGUGGAGCUCUCCCGCAGCACUAGAAGAACUAAUCAUCGAAAAGCAUCGUCGACGAUACGUCGUCAAAGGCGUAGAACCUGGUAUCUCCUUCACGUACAACGAAUGGAAGGCCGGGCAAAACACCGGUCGUGCAAUCCUACCCAAAGUCAACAAUUCUUUGCGCAGCAAGAACCCCACACCACCGCCUCCUGACCCAGACCACCAAUUCUACACCGUUUCUCUUCGGAACCAAUUUCAGGACCUACAGGUGAUUAUCAGGGUGUCUGGCAUUGAUCUGACCCCAGAAAGGCCCCUGUAUACUGGGGAACCCCAUUUCGGGGUGGCCGGUAUUCUCAAUGAGCAUAUUGUUGCCACAGCCGUUUGCUAUUUGGACGUGGAUAAUAUCAAAGAUCCGAAAGUGUCAUAUCAACAAGAGACGCUUUUGAGUACCCUGGACUUUAAUGUUGAAAAGUACCUAAUUAUGAAUCGAGUUUUCGACAUUCCAGAGGAGGAAGACGAUGAACUACCACCAGCACUGCAGAACCUGGGCUCUAUAACUGUUUCCCAAGCCGGGCAGCUCCUCUCUUGGCCGAACACGCUGCGAUCCCGAGCAGAGUCUUUCACUCUUCGCGACCCGUCUCAACCCGGCCGCCUUCGAUUUGUAACCCUAUGGCUGGUAGAUCCCCAUUACCGAAUCUGCUCAACCCAGAAUGUCCCACCCCAGGAUGAAAGCUGGGUUGGCAGAGCCAUGGUUCCUUCACAGGAGCAUACGCAGACUCGGGGAUCAAUGACGCUCGCGGAAGCGAUUUAUACUAAGGAACAGAUGAACCAGGAGAGAAUCUCUGCCGCCUGUGCAUUUCACUGGUAUGGUCAUGGUGCUCACAGAUACGCCGAUGAUUAUCACGCAUUUUACUAUGGCAGUCGCGAAGAGUCCUGAGUACAACUUUGUUUUCAUCCCUUUUUUGUCAUACUG